ACUCGCGCCGGCGCGACUCUGCCGUGCAUCGCGGGAGCGGGGCGCUGCGGCCAUGGCGGCGCGGAGGCCGGGGCGGAGGGGGCUCCUCCCUCCUCUCCGCCGCGCCCUCGCCGGCCCCGGCUGUCAGCUCGGCCCCGAGCGGGGCAGUGAGCGCGGGGCUGCUGCGCCGAGCCGGGUUUCAAGAUUCUGCCCUCCAAGAAAAUCUUGCCAUGAUUGGAUAGGACCCCCAGAUAAAUAUUCAAACCUUCGACCUGUUCACUUUUACAUCCCUGAAAAUGAAUCACCAUUGGAACAGAAGUUGAGAGAAUUAAGACAAGAAACACAAGAAUGGAACCAACAGUUCUGGUCAAACCAGAAUUUGACUUUUCAUAAGGAAAAAGAAGAAUUUAUUCACUCAAGACUGAGAGCAAAAGGCCUGGGACUGAGAGCUGAGUCAGGUCAGAAAGCGACAUUGAAUGCAGAAGAAAUGGCUGACUUUUACAAGGAAUUUUUAAGUAAAAAUUUUCAGAAGCACAUGCAUUAUAACAGGGUCUCUUGGUGGACGUUGGUGGGUGUGUGCUCAUACUCCACCCGAAAAAGGAGAAUCCAGGUGUGGCCCCGGAGCUGCAGUGUUCCCGGCGGCCGGCCCAGGCCGCUGACAGCAGGGUGUGUGGCCGCUGCGCCUUCUCUUGUCGUGUUUCAGCUCUAAUGACGUAUUGGAAGGGUCCGCCUCUGGGAGGCACUGCCGGGCGUCUUUAUAACCCGACUGCACUGGGGUUGUGCUCCAGAGCUGACUUGUCUGCUUCAGGGCCCACCCCUAGGCCUCAGCCAACUUGGGCUCCUGGUGGGGUUUCAUGUUGUGUGGCAGGGACGGUACCUGGCACCUAACAGGCUCACAAACACUGAAAUCACAGUUUCUAAUAAUGCCGCCCAAAGGGGCUGGUUUCCGAGCACCCAAAGGCCUCUGUAGGGAAAAGGUGCUGAGAGCAGGGUACUUCUCAUUUCAAAGUAAUUGUCUGUUAGAACUUGAACACUGUUCUGAAUUUGGGCUUUGGCACCUUCAUUUCUUCCCAAGGCGUUUCC